GGCACUGCGCGAGUGGGGGGGCUGGGCCUCUCGUGUACUCCUCAAACUCCCGCGAGGCUUCGGGCGGCUUUCUUCCCGAGGGCGGCACCAGGGCCGGGCGGUGGGGUCCGGGUGCUCGGGUGAGGGGCGGAGCUGGGGGCAUGGCGUCCGGAGCGGCUCGCUGGCUAGUACUGGCACCCCUCAGGUCCGGGGCUCUCCGGAGCGGGCCUAGCUUGAGGAAAGAUGGCGAUGUCGCCGCCGCACGGAGCGGUUCAGGCCAGAGCCUGGUACCGUCGAGGUCAGUCAUCGUUACCCGCAGCGGCGCCAUUUUGCCCAAACCGGUGAAAAUGUCCUUCGGCCUUCUCCGUGUGUUCUGCAUUGUGAUCCCCUUUCUCUAUGUCGGGACACUCAUUAGCAAGAACUUUGCUGCUCUACUUGAGGAACAUGACAUUUUUGUUCCAGAGGAUGAUGAUGAUGAUGACUAACAGGAAUUACAGAAAGGAGAAAGCACUAACUGAAGAAAUGGUGAUGCUCUCAGCUUCUCUGCCUUCCCUAUCAGCAGAAAGGCCUUCCCUAUCACCAGCCUCCCAGUCUGGUGAAGCUUCCUGUAUGGUCCAUGACCAUAUCCCACCCCAGGCUCUGAGAGGCUCCCUGAGAUGUGCUGUCCACUAAGCACUGCGCAAACAAGCAAUCAAAUUAUGAAUAAACAUAAUAAAUAUCAGCUGUG